CCGAACUGUAAAUAGCUUAGCGUACUGGCCCUAUGGGGGCAUAUUCCCCCCAGGGCGAAAUAAAUUCCAUUCCAUUCCAUUCCAUUGGCUCCCCUCAGACAUAACAUGAUGAGGUAAGCGAUCAUCCUGUCAGAGGGGUGUGGGUCCGGUAUCGUAUGGAUCUGGUUACAGGAAUAUCGCCCUGUUACACAAUCGUCGCAAGACGGUCUGAGUUACCGUUUCAAGGACCUCAUAACAGACCGAUAACUAAGGUAUCGGCACUUGAUAAAUAGGGCGAUUUUGUCGCGCGAUUUGGCCUAGGUGCCCAGCAUUAUUUGAGCACCCGGGUGCCCAUGUAACGUAAUCCACCCCCUACUCGUACACACCACCUAAUGCAGCCGGAGUUGCAGGGCGACCACGAGCACCAUCUCGAGUCGGGGCUGCACCAAGAGAGGUUGUCCGGUCUGUGGAGGAAGCUGCUGAGCAAGAGGCAGGUGACCGAGAAACGGGGACCAAACUCGUUGGCGACACUGGUGGAUAAGUACGGCAAGUGCCAUGAAGUGGUGGGUCGUGGGGCAUCCGGCACCGUGCGAAUCUCACACAAAAAGACGGAGAAUGGCGCUGGCGAAGAGCUGUACAAAGGUUGACGCUUGAAUUAUUGUUAGCUUCGACCCACUGGUCAGGGAGGUGAUUUUUGGUAGCAUUUUCAGCGCAAGACACGACCAGUACAACGCUUUAGAAGAAAAGAAUAUUCAAUAAAUAGCUAAGAAUAUUAAAA